AUGUUUCUGAAAAUUGUGAAGAUGCAGUCGUUAGGAUUAGCAGUCUCAAAAGAGGAGCCUGAGGCUCAGCCUGAACAGCAGGAUGUCGCGUGCGGCCUCGAGAACUUGCCUGUGAGUUCUUGGCCCCCGGAGGUGGAGCCAGCGCCUUUCCAGUAUACUCCCGAUCAUGUCCUUGGACCUGGAGCAGACAUUGAUCCCACGGAAAUAACCUUUCCUGGAUGCACUUGUCUCCAAACUCCCUGCGUCCCUGGCACUUGCUCCUGUCUCCGUCAUGAGGAGAACUAUGACAGUCAUUCAUGCCUCAGAGACGUAGGUUCGGAAGGAAAGUAUGCCCAGCCAGUUUUUGAAUGCAAUGCCCUGUGCCAGUGCAGUGACCGCUGCAAAAACAGAGUGGUCCAACGGGGUCUGCAGUUCCACCUUCAGGUGUUCAAGACGGAUAAAAAAGGCUGGGGACUUCGUACCUUGGAAUUUAUACCAAAAGGAAGCUUUGUCUGUGAAUACGCUGGGGAGGUUCUAGGAUUCCGUGAAGUGCAGAGAAGAAUUCAGUCACAAACAGUACAUGAUUCCAAUUAUAUUAUAGCCAUCCGAGAGCACAUUCACAAUGGACAGGUAAUGGAAACAUUUGUGGAUCCUACCCAUAUAGGAAAUAUUGGAAGAUACCUUAACCAUUCUUGUGAGCCAAACCUAUGGAUGAUUCCUGUCCGAAUUCACUCCAUGGUACCUAAGUUAGCCCUUUUUGCAGCCAAAGACAUUUUGCCACAAGCAGAACUCUCUUACGACUAUUCAGGAAGAUUUCUUAAUCAGAUGGACAGUGACGAUGGAGAGAGGCUAGAGCACGGAAAACUGAGAAAACCGUGUUACUGUGGGGCCAGGUCUUGUGCUGCUUUCCUGCCAUAUGACAGCACACUGUACGGCCCCUUAAAUCCAAAUAUCAUUCAUUCAGGAGACACAGUUGCCCUCCCUCACUGCAUCAGAUGA